UAAAUAAUAGAAAAAACGCUUUACCGUGGUUAACUUUGUUAUGUUAUGAUUGUGAAAGUUCUAUUGGAUUUUAAUUUGUUAGAAAAAUCCUAAAUAAUUAUAUGAUGGACAAUGGUUAAGUUUCGUGAUGCAGCUGCUGCUUACAAGUUCUUGAACGGAGUGAUAUGUGUCUACAAACCGCCAUGUGUGCCUGUGAAACAAGUCCAACACAGCAUUAUAACCAAUCUGUGUAGAGAUUUAAAUGCCCUACCUGGCCGACCAAUCGAGCAGCGAGUAGAGAUAGUAGGAGCCACCAAUGAGCCCAUGCUUGUUAAGCUGGUACCUAACUAUGCGGAUGACCCAUUGGCCUGCGGCCCGAGAUACGCCAAUGAAGACUUCAGGAGCACCUGGGCCACGCACUUGGGGCUGUUCACUAGUGGAGUGCUGUUGCUCGGCAUAAAUGACGGCACCAAACUCACAUACAAGCUUCGCACCUCCCGGCUGACUAGAGCCUACAAGGUCCAUGGUCAGCUGGGCAAAGCCACAGACACCCAUUUCUGGAACGGAAAGACUAUGGAGCGCGCUACGUAUGGUCAUGUCACGCGAGAAAAGAUAGAUAGGGUGGUAGCGCAUAUGCAGAGCGCGCAUCAGAGCACGAUAUAUGAAAUGACAGGCCUCCAUCGGGACUCUCAGACACUAUACGACCUGGCCUCGCAAGGCCCAAUCAGGCCCACCGACGGCAAGCUUCCAGUACUCUAUGGCAUCAAAUGUGUACACUUCAAACCGGACUUCACUUUAGAGAUCCAGUCCGUGAACGAAUACGACAAGUACUUCUGGACGCUGGUACACGAUUUGGGUGUUCAACUGAAGACUUCUGCACACUGCACGGGCGUGCAAUGUAUAAGGCACGGCAGGUUCGACCUGUCCCACGCACUUCUCCGCAAGCACUGGGGUCUGGAACACAUAGCUGGCAACAUGGACGAUAACAGACAACUGCUGGAACAGUUCGAAAGCCUCGCCGCGCCGGAGACCGCCAGGCUCACGGGGUGACCUCGCGGCCUAUGUAAAUAUUAGAUAAGCUUUAAUAAAGAUAGAUAUUAAA